AACCGGAAUAUUAGUAUCGACUUAACCGCUGUUGGGAGCUGUGUUCGGCAUUUAAAUAUACCUAUAUAUACAGACUCACACGGAUCUCGUCUCGUUUGUACGAUUUUUUUUUGAUGAAUUACAGUGCGAUGCAUUCCAUGAAUGACCCGACGUCAGCUCUGGCCGGAAUGCUUCCCUUCGAGAGCAUCGGACUCUACGAACAGCCUAAGCCUAGGUUCAUCUUCAAGAUGCCUAGGGUCGUCCCGGACCAAAAGGCUAAGUUCGAGUCGGAUGAGCUGUUUAGGAGGCUCAGCAGGGAAAGUGAGAUAAGAUACACUGGCUGCAGAGACAGAGGUCAGGAAGAGAGGCAGGCAAGGUUUCAGCAUGGCUGCAGAGAAGGCCACACAGAAAUUGCCUUUGCUGCAACUGGGACAAACCUUCAACUAGUCUUCACACCUCCUACCACUGGCUAUAUACCAGAUAAAGAAUGUGAUUUUGACAAAGAACCAGGAAAGGUGCACAUCAAGUCCUCCUUCAUCAUGAACGGCGUCUGCGUCAGAUGGCGGGGCUGGAUCGAUUUGGAGCGUCUGGACGGCGUCGGAUGCCUGGAGUUCAACGAAGAACGGGCAGCUCAGGAGGAUGCGCUUCUGCGUGAACAGAUCGAGCGAUACAAUCAACGUCUGAGGGAAUUCGAGGACAAACAGAGAGGAUACAGACAACAGGAUAGACCGGAUCAGGAUCUGGAAGUUCGUGUCGGUCCUGUCCAAUCCAGGAACUAUAUGAAAAUGUAUUAAGAAGUCCUGAUUCAUAGGUGUUGAUGUCCUGUUCAAACCGGAAGUGAUUGUCGGAGAGAUAGAGUCAACUUUUUCAUCUGGUGGGAAUCUUUUCGAAGGUUGAUCACUCGAAAUUUAAGGGAUUCCCACUGUAGCUUGAGGAAGCUCAGAAAGAUUGUUUUUGGGUUAUCACAUUGUAGAAAAAUCAUUCUCUCAAGUGAUGCUCUGUUGGUUAGUGAAUCAAUCUCUUUUUUCGAAGUAUUUACUUUGCUUUGCACUAAUAUUGUCUACAAAUGACA